GCAGCGCUGGGCGCUCAGGGACUGGACAUAAACAAGAGUACAAGUGCAGGGGUGGACGCGCUUGCCGCUGCCCUUUUGAAAACACUUUGCGAGAGCCGCUGGCCGGGCCCGAGGAGCUGGUGCUCGCUGCUGCGCGCGCCAGGGGGGGUGAAGUUGUGAGGUUCCGCGGGUGGGCGGAGACAGAACGCGGAGCCUCUGCUGAAGCGACGGCACGAGGAGGAGGAGCCCGGGCAGGGAGCUGCGGCUGCUGCAGUGUCCUAGGACCAGCAGCAGCGUCGGCGGCGGCAGGUAGUGGCAUGUGCUGGAGGGAUCUGCAGUGUGAUUGACAUUCCGUGGUGCUUCCUCUUUAUUUUCUUCACACAGGAGAGGAGGUAUCCACAUCAGAAAACCCCCAUGGCAACUGAGAGAGGCUGAGAAGCCAGUGAAUUUGGAGACUGGCUGGCUGGUCCUCUUUCCCCUGGAUGUGGUUCAUCCUGACUGGGGCUCUGCUUUCACCAUGUCAAAGAGGAUUAAUGAUGUCGUCUCUUUCCGUUGUGUUCCCCACCUGUCGUCUUGGUAGGAUCUAGCUACAGAAUGAACAUAGCAGCAGUGUUUAAUGCCCUGCUAGUGUCUGCCCUUGCAGCUGUGCUGUGGAAAUACAUCAAGCUGCGAGAGCACGUCUUCGUGGUUGAAGAAGAGCUGGUCCUCACUCGCCAGUCCCAGGAACUCUCUCAGGUCCAGAUUGACUACCAUGCGGCUCUUCAGGCCCUGGUGGAGGACGGUACCAGGAUGGUAUGCACAGGCAGGAUGCACACGGAUCGCAUCUGCCGCUUUGAGUCCCUCUGUUACUCCACUGAGGCAGAGGAGUUUGUCUUCUUUCACAGCAACGCGUCAGUUAUGCUUCCCAACCUGGGCUCCAGGAGAUUCCAGCCUGCCUUGCUUGAUCUUUCCUCGGUGGAGGACCACAACACCCAAUAUUUCAACUUUGUGGAACUGCCAGUUGCUGCAUUGAAAUUCAUGCCAAAGCCGGUCUUUGUGCCUGAUGUGGCGCUCAUCACCAACCGAUUCAACCCGGACAACUUGAUGCACGUCUUCCAUGACGACCUCCUCCCGAUCUUCUACACCAUGCAGCAGUUCCCAGACUUGGAUCUGGAGUCACGACUCUUCUUCAUGGAGGGGUGGAGUGAAGGCCUGCACUUCGAUCUCUACAAGUUACUGAGUAACAAACAGCCACUCCUCAGAGAGCAGCUUAAAACCCUGGGCAGGCUCCUUUGUUUUACCAAAUCUUACGUAGGGCUGUCCAAAAUCACCACAUGGUACCAAUAUGGAUUUGUUCAGCCACAAGGACCAAAGGCAAACAUCUUGGUUUCUGGCAAUGAGAUCAGGCAUUUCACCAAGUUCAUGAUGGAGAAGCUGAAUGUCAGCUUGGAAGAAAGUGCCAGUGAGGAGUAUAUUGUAGUAUUCAGUCGAACAAUCAACAGACUAAUCCUAAAUGAGGCAGAACUAAUCUUGGCGCUUGCCCAGGAGUUUCAGAUGAAAACCAUUACAGUCUCCAUAGAGGACCAUUCGUUUUCUCACAUUGUACGUCUGAUCAGCAAUGCAUCGAUGUUGGUCAGCAUGCACGGAGCCCAGUUAGUGAUGUCUCUCUUCCUGCCAAGAGGGGCCUCUGUCGUGGAGCUGUUUCCUUAUGCGAUCAACCCCGAACACUACACCCCAUACAAAACACUGUCAACGCUCCCUGGCAUGGAUCUCCAGUACAUUGCCUGGCAGAACACUGAUCAGGAAAACACUGUAACCUUUCCUGACAGGCCAUGGGACCAGGGAGGAAUUGCUCAUUUAGACAAGGCAGAGCAGGAACGCAUAAUAAAGAGCAAGGAGGUUCCACGCCACCUCUGCUGUCGGAACCCGGAAUGGCUUUUCCGAGUCUACCAAGAUACAAAAGUCGACAUCCCUUCCCUUAUCCAAGUGAUCAGGCAAACGGUGAAAUUAAAGCCUGGACCCAAGAAGCAGAAGUGGACUGGUGGUCUGUACCCUGGCAAGGUCAGGGAUGCUAAGUGUCAAGCCUCUGUCCAAGGUACUAGUGAAGCGAAGCUCUCUGUGUCUUGGCAGAUCCCCUGGAACCUUAAGUAUCUGAAGGUCAGGGAGGUGAAAUAUGAAGUGUGGAUACAGGAGCAAGGUGAAAACACUUACAUGCCUUAUAUUUUGUCACACCAGAAUCACACCUUUUCAGAAAACAUUAAGCCAUUCACAAUAUAUCUGGUGUGGAUCCGCUGCAUCUUCAACAAAAAUCUCCUUGGACCUUUUGCAGAUGUGCUCUUGUGUAGUACGUAACCCACUCUCUCUCAUGUGUCGAGUCCUGCCAUGCACCCCACCCCAUCAGUGGUUUUAAAAACCUGUUGUCCUGUAGUUUUUUAGAGGGCUGAAGAGGACCAGACCAUGCCAAUUCCUAAGUGCCCAUUUUAUUGCAUUUAAUGUGUGUAUUCUCUAGGUGGCAUUUAUUUCCAUUUGGUGUAAGAGCUCU